CUUGUAGAUCAGCCAGACAAGCUUCUUUGGAAAGCUAUAACAAAGGGCGGGAGGGAAAUUAUUGUUAAAUUCACGUGCUAUUAUAAUCAGAGAGCACACGAGUUGUUUAGCGAAAUUGGAAAAGUGCCAAAAUUACUCUAUAUUAGCAAAGAGGUAGUGUAUGGUUUUUAUAUGGUCAUGAUGGAUUAUGUUAAAGCCAAGCUACUUUACAACUGCAAUAAUUCGCUUAGUUAUGAUGAAUAUAAAACGGUUUUCGAGGAUAUUGAAGAAGCUAUCAGCAAAUUGUAUAAGGAAAAUAUCAUUUUUGCUGACCUUUGUGAUUCCAACAUCUUGGUUAACAAAUCUCAAGAUCAAUAUCAAGGAAUGUUAAUAGAUUUCGAUUGGGCUAGUGAGGAAAGAAUUGAGUGCUAUCCAUCGUUCAUGAAUGAAGAUAUUAAUUGGCUACCAGGAGCUGAGAAUAGAAAGAAACUGAGUCGGGAACAUGAUAUGCAUUGGUUGAAGUUAUUGAAAUCUAAUUACUUAGGUGAAAAUAUAGAGCUCGAAUGA